AUGACGGAGAGUCUCGAUACUUCGAAAAUCAAAAGUUGGCGCUCAAUCAUUACUCUAAUUGUUUUUGUCAUAACUAAUAUCAUCGUCCUUUUCCCCUUCCAUGUCCCCGUAUACCUGCCUCGAUGGCUCGUCAACGGAUUUCUGGACUUAUUGAGUACCCUGCGCAUAAUGCCCCGUCGAUCCCGUUCUCGAUAUAAUACCAAAAAAAGCGCAUUUGUGAAGCUAAGCUUCCCCCUGAACUUUGUGACCGUUCCGUUAAUCGCGGAUCUGUUUCUUCUUGCGAUCAUAGCUAUCGGUCGACAAGAAGUGCACGAUGGAACGCUUGGCGCAGACGGAAUUGUACCCAUCGAUAUCAUGGCCUUCUUCCUCACACUUGCAUACAUCGCCAUUUCGAUCGAUGCGUCGGGUCUGAUCAGAUUCUUGGCCUUCAAGGUCUUGCAAAAAGGAGGUAAGGUCGGUCACCGGCUCUUUUUCUACCUGUACGCCUUUUUCUUCGGGCUCGGCACUUUCAUUGGAAAUGAUCCGAUUAUCUUGUCGGGUACCGCCUUCCUGGCCUACAUGACUCGUGUGUCAAGCAAUAUCGUCCAUCCUAGGGCCUGGAUCCACAGCCAAUUUGCUGUAGCUAACAUUGCAUCUGCAAUUCUUGUGUCUUCUAAUCCAACGAAUCUGGUCCUCGCUGGUGCUUUUCAGAUCAAGUUCAUUGUCUACACUGCAAACAUGAUCGUCCCAGUAGUGGUGACUGCCAUCGUCAUUUUCCCUUUUCUGCUAUACAUCAUUUUCGCCGAUGAAUCUCUCAUACCUCUAUCCAUCGAGAUGCAUCAGCUCACUGAGGCAGAAAAAGCCAGAGCGCCAGUGAAUCCCAACAUUCCAAAUGCCAGGGGAGUAGCGGAGGAAGAGGAGGAAAACGACGAUGAGCAGGGAAAGCAACUCUCGCUAGAAGAGAUCAUGAACCCGUUUUUGGAUAAGAAGGGUGCUGGAUUCGGCGCAUUUAUCAUGGCCGCCACCCUCAUCACUGUCCUUGCUAUGAACGCAUCGAGCCAGAAAGACCACGAACGUCCCGUUUUUUGGGCAACAGUUCCCGCCGCGUUUGUGAUGUUCUGUUGGGACGUUGGAUUCGGCUGGUAUCAUCGCCAUGAUACCCGUGAGAUUGCCGCAAAGGGCCGACAGGAACUUGAGGACGCACGGGCAGAAAAAGACAUGCGCAAGAAAGAAGAACAAGAGCUCCAAUCGGAAAAGUCAAGUCCCGAGAUGAUGGGACUUGAUCGGUCGGAACAGUGUGAUGCUUCAGACAUGCGCCAUCGCAGCGAGCACACUGACGAUGACAUGUCGCUUGGCGCUGCCGAUAGUAGUUUAGACACCAGGACUCCUCACCAUGACAGCGAAACACCCUUGUCGGGUUCUGUGCUCGUCGAUAAAGAGAAGUUUCCUGAACUUCAACAACAUGGUGUUAUUGCGAUGGACAGCAAGCAGCUGGCACUCACAUCAUCCCCGGAGGCAUUGGACACAAGACAGACUACCGACACAACCGAUGUGGAAAAGCGCGAGCAUUCAGACCAAGAAGAAAACGGUCCGCGCACAUUGUUUUCUCUUUCCGCAGACUUAUACCGCUGGUUGCAGGAGACUUUCCCAACCGUGACGGUCGUUGUUUCGCACAUGCCAUUCCCACUGGUCCCCUUUGCCUUUGCUAUGUUCGUUCUUGUUCAGGCACUCGUUACCAAAGGCUGGGUACCUGUCUUCGCGUAUGGAUGGAACCAUUGGGUGAAUAAGACCGGGACGGUGGGAGCUGUCGGGGGAAUGGGAUUCCUAUCUGUGAUCCUGUGCAACUUUGCCGGCACAAACAUCGGCACCACAAUCCUUCUUUCCCGGGUGAUUCAGGCUUGGGAACAAAUAUCCGUCGAGACAGGCAUUCCAAUCAGUGAUCGCACAUGGUGGGCGACUAUCUACAGUAUGGCCCUUGGUGUCAAUUUCGGAGCAUUCAGUACCGCGUUUAGUGCAUCCCUAGCUGGCCUGUUAUGGCGUGAUAUCUUGAGGAGGAAGCAUAUUCGUGUUGGCAGUCUGGAGUUUGCGCGCGUGAACCUUCCCAUUAUUGCAAUCGCUAUGGUGGUUGGGUGUGUUGUUCUCAUUGGAGAGGUCUAUCUUGUCAGAGGUACGCAGCCACAUCAGCCUGUGUAA